AUGAUGUCUUACCUCAAACAACCCCCAUACGGCAUGAACGGGCUUGGCCUGCCUGGGCCCGCCAUGGACCUACUGCACCCCUCUGUGGGCUAUCCGGCCACCCCGAGGAAGCAGCGGCGGGAGCGCACCACCUUCACGCGCUCGCAGCUGGACGUGCUCGAGGCGCUCUUCGCCAAGACUCGCUAUCCCGACAUAUUCAUGCGUGAGGAGGUGGCGCUCAAGAUCAAUCUGCCUGAGUCCAGAGUCCAGGUGUGGUUCAAGAACCGCCGCGCCAAAUGCCGCCAGCAACAGCAGAGCGGGAGCGGGACCAAGAGCCGCCCAGCCAAGAAGAAGUCGUCCCCGGUGCGGGAGAGCUCCGGCUCGGAAAGCAGCGGCCAGUUCACGCCACCUGCCGUGUCCAGCUCCGCCUCGUCUUCCAGCUCGGCCUCCAGCGCCUCGGCCAAUCCAGCGGCUGCAGCGGCCGCGGGCCUGGGCGGGAACCCGGCGGUGGCAGUUCCGUCGUCCCUGAGUACACCGGCUGCCUCGUCCAUCUGGAGUCCAGCCUCCAUCUCGCCAGGCUCGGCGCCGGCGUCGGUGUCUGUACCGGAGCCGCUGGCCGCGCCUAGCAACGCCUCGUGUAUGCAGCGCUCGGUGGCUGCGGGCGCCGCCUCGGCUGCAGCCUCUUAUCCCAUGUCCUAUGGCCAGGGAGGCAGCUACGGCCAAGGCUACCCCGCGCCAUCCUCUUCCUACUUCGGUGGCGUGGACUGCAGUUCCUACCUGGCGCCCAUGCACUCGCACCACCACCCGCACCAGCUCAGCCCUAUGGCGCCCUCCUCCAUGGCGGGCCACCAUCACCACCACCCGCACGCGCACCAUCCGCUGAGCCAGUCCUCGGGCCACCACCACCACCACCACCACCACCACCACCAGGGCUACGGGGGGUCCGGGCUCGCCUUCAACUCCGCCGACUGCUUGGAUUACAAGGAGCCCGGAGCGGCCGCGGCGUCCUCAGCUUGGAAACUCAACUUCAACUCGCCCGAUUGCCUGGACUAUAAAGACCAAGCCUCUUGGCGGUUCCAGGUCUUGUGA